AUGGCGCUGCAGGUCGCCUGUAAUCACCCCAAUGAAAUGAUUAUGGAGCUUAUAGUGGCCGCGCUCGCUGACCGUAGGAGGCAGCUACAAACUCUUGUGGAGACGCAUUUGCCAGAAGAAGUGCAUUUGGAGCUGGGUAUUAGCCCUGGGACUCUCAUGAGUCGUAAAGCUUACAAAGCCUAUCAACUUUUGAAGGCAAGCUCUAUUGAUGCUAACGGCAUUAUUGAGAAAACAAGUUGGUCUGUCUAUGACUACAUAGGCCUCAAUCUCAAGUCAGCAGACUUGCUUUGGGAUUCUGGUUUCCGAGACGUGGACGAGAUAGAUGGCAACACGUCGUGUAUAAGGGAACUCUGGAUGAGUUCACCGCCUUGCAGACUAGAUGUGUUCUUGAAGAAAGCGAACUGGCUCAUUGACAAAGGCGCAAGCAUAACUCGCAAGAUAGACUCCUGCCCAUCUCUGCAUUACCUUGGACAUGACGUGGGAAAGCUUCUGCAUUCCCUUGAUGACUUUGAAGAAUUUCUUUGGCAAAUGCAUGAGCUAAGCCAAGAAUCUAUCCAAUUAAUGUUCACGAUAUUAAUGGACGAAUCUCAAGACGACUGCUGCUGUCCGUGUUCUUCAACUGGUUGCUCAGGUCUCACGGGGUUCUUGCGCGGAAUGUUUCCGACACGGUCUGAUAAAGACUUGGACGAGCUCAUAAAUAGGCUUGCAAUUGUUAUAGAGGCCCUUACAAACUCACAUGUGCUGCCUAGCCAGGAGCGUCUUAUUGAUCUCAUCUCUACUUCUGUCCUGCGCUUUGUCACCUGUCGAAGGUUGGACAUCUCCCAUACCUGCAUUCACGAUUACUACAGAGGAAUAGAUGCAGAAGAGAUCGAGGAAAUUCAAGAUGAGGAAAGUCCGUUGAUAUUUGAGCUCGAAGGGCUUUUGGCCGAAUUUGUCCAAACAUUGGAAAGUCCCUCACUGUCAUUUCCAGACUUCUUGACGGGCUAUUGGCGAGCGCGCAUGAGGGAGGUUGAAUUUAUAAGUGGAGUGCCCAGUGCAGAAGCGUCCGUUAAAAUUCUCGAGACUGGAGUGAUUCUGUAUGAAUAA